UGGCUUCUGACUGGGUGCAGGAAGGUCCUGUAGCCAAGCGGAAGCCACAGAAGCCCCGUUGGAUGUUCGGGUUCCAAAGAACGUUUCCAAACCGGAACAGUCACUUCUGGGUUUGUGGCAUUCAGGAGUCAAAACUUCCAAGUUCCAGGGCGUUUGGGAUCCAAGGUACGACUGUACAGUAUUCGUUUGAACUCCAAGCCGUUUCACAAAGCAGCCUGAAAGAAAGCGUUUAUACACCCACUUUACUUUCCCCCCAGGUAUCUCUUUCAGGCGGCGGUCGCCCACAAGGAUGCCUUUCAAGGGAUCUGGCCUUGUGCUCCUCACCCUUCUGGUGUCUGUGCUAGUCCUGGGAGCCUAUUGUGCACCCAGCUAUGAGACGUUCCUAACCCAGCACUACGAUAAUCCCAAGAGCAGCGUCGGCAAGCAGUAUUGUGAUGUCAUGAUGAAAAGACGUGGGCUGGACAAACCAGCAUGCAAGGAAGUGAACACCUUCAUCCACGGCACCAAGAAUAACAUCAUAGCUGUGUGCACUGCAUCUGGAGGGAAGGAUUAUGGGAAGGGGUUGAGGAUUAGUCUCCGCCCCUUCACUGUCACCACCUGCAAGCACAAAGGCGGCUCAACUCGCCCACCUUGCAAGUACUCUGAUAACAAGUCAUCCAGGUACAUCGUCAUUGCCUGUAAUCAGGAUGGGAAGCCUGUGCACUUUGAUGAAAGCCUCAUUGUACCAUAGGAUUUUCAAGGCCCAGAUAAAAAAUGUUAUGUCAUCUCCUACACCUUCACUGAAAAUGUUUGAUUUCUUUAGAAGCUUCCAGUUCUAAAACUGAAUCAAGAAGAAAUGUUUAAAAGAGUCUUUGCUAAUUAUUAAUUACCAUGUUGAUUCCCUGCAUAUGUAUUUGUCCCAUGUCUGAGCCCUGAAAGCUCAAGGGUACAGGAGUCUGUGUGUGUUUCUAAUGCAUGUGGAAAUAAAAAUCAUUUGCUUUAA